AGCGCUAUUGUUUAGCCGGCCCCGUAGUAGUGUGUCAACUUUUGCUGAAGUAAGUUCACUCGACUCUCUCUGCGUUCGCAUCAUGUCACCCCAAGCUAGCAGCUUGCAGAUCAUCCCGCUAGAAGAGUUGUGCGUGCUGCGUGAUCUGUAUCGCAUCGAAUGGCCAAGAUAUGCGUACACUUACUACACGCUGGAUAACUGCUAUCACUGGCGCACGUUGGCCCGGGACGGGGAGUUGCAAGUGGUUACCGAUCCCUCACGUGAUUGGAGAAGCACGGGAACAUUCGUGCUGAGGGAUUGUAAGGAGCUAUUCUUCUAUACCCUUGAAGCAACUACUGUUGGGUUGGAGUGGAUUCUUGGAAGAGUUAUGAAGGGCGGUGAUGUAAUCGUUAGUCUGGUGUACGAUUCCUGUUUCCGAGAGAUGGUAGAUCGGAUCGUAUGCUCGCUUUCCUUCGCAAAGGACAGUGAUGAGCGGAUGGUAUGCUACAGACAGAUGACUCCCUGUGGGGAUGUAGAUGGCAAUGAAGAGCAAUUGCAAAGAGAGUAUCGCUUUAGCCCGGUCAGCCCGGACGAUAGUGAGAUUGUGGAAGAGCAGUGGGUACAUAGUGAUACCGUGUUUAGCAAACUGCCAACCCGUCUGAUCAAUCGUAAUCCAUCGUUGGGAGUGUACGACACUAAGGAUCGUCUUGUUGCCUGGUGUUUAAUUCUCGUUUCAGCUAGAAACUGUCUCAAGCAAGUUGAUGCAAACUACACCGACAUUAAAUCCGUCUUUGAUCCUGUUUCCAACUCUCUGCUCAUUGAUCAAUUGUCCCAUCUAUUCAUCCGUCACGUGUUUGUUGGGUAUGUAUUUCCUGCUUAUCUCUUAACGUUAGCGCUUAUCGUGUUAAUAAUUAUAGUUUUUUCUGUCAUUAGUUCAUUUUUCUUUAUUAAUUGUACUAUUUAUUAAUGACCUUAUUGCUGUUCUUGGUGAUGCGCUGAUGAUUUACAAUCCCACGGUCCAUACGAUGCUUGAACUCACGACGGGAAUGUUGUUAAGUCGUGUUAAGUCGUGCAAUAUGCAACUAAUGUAGUGAGCCAAUUCAGUUUCUUCCAACGCUAUAUUUUUCAUUACAACAUUCUAUUAGGGGAAAAGGAGGUCAAACGAUUGUAAUUUUAGCGUUUCGUAAUGGAUGGAUGAAGCCUAAGUAGAAAUUAUUUUAACAGACCGUAGUUGUGGAAAUCUUGUUAAACCUUGGCGUGGUAAUCUGCCUUGGGCGAUGAUCCGUUGAAACAAGAUUUGCCUAUUCAUCACUUCCAUUAGAUCUUUUUGGCGAUAUAAUAAAGAUAAGAAAGAUAUACAUUACAAAGCUAACAUUUGGACUAGGUA